AUGGAGAUCCUCACCAGCAUCUACGCGCUGCUGUCAGGAGGGCAAGGGGUGAACCCGAAGAUUGAUUCCGUAGCAUUCCGACUGCACUGCGGUGCAACCACUGCGGCGUUAUUGGCGGCUAGCGCGGCCCUAACAACGCGCCACCUAGUGGGCAACCCCAUAGACUGCAUACACACAAGGGAUAUACCCGAAGACGUGCUGAACACGUACUGCUGGAUCCACUCGACGUUCACGGUGGCGGGCGAGGCGGGGGGCGCGGCGGGCGCGGGGGGCGCGUACCCCGGCGUGCGCGGCGCCGGCACCAGCCCGCGCCGCUACGGGAAGUACUACCAGUGGGUCGCCUUCACGCUGUUUUUCCAGAUAUACCCUCUCAUGCUACAUGAAUGUAAAAAACGAGUACUAAAAUGGCUAAAUACACUAACGUACGAAGAUACUGAAAACAUCCUUAUCAGAAUGAGCUAA